AUGUCGGAUCCCACGUAUAAUGCGAAGUCCGCAUCAUUUCUUGAUUGGUUCAAGGCGUGGCCCGGCGCAACCUUUCACCCUCACAUCAAGAUCGAAGAUCUUCGCGCGCAAGGGGCUGGCAGAGGAAUUGGUAAGGCUUGGCACGCAAGAGACUCCAUUCCGAUGACAUGGUGUCCACUGAUCAACCGAGUAGUCACUACCGCCGAUAUCCCCGAAGAUACCGUGCUGUUCACCAUACCAAGGCUUGCCAUCAUCAAUACGCAGACCUCGGAUCUCGCGAAGAGAAUUCCGGGCAUCUUUGCGACGACGGGCUUGGAGGACGCUGACAACGAGGCAGACGAGGAUGGCAGUGAGACGAGCGGCCCCCCGGACAACUGGGUCUCACUCAUUCUUGUCAUGGUCUAUGAGUAUCUGCAGGGAGACAAGUCGCACUGGAGACCGUACUUCGAUGUGCUGCCCGAUAAGUUCGAGACGUUGAUGUGGUGGUCCGACCAGGAGCUACAGCAGCUGCAAGCCAGCUCGAUCGUGGCCAAGAUUGGUAGGGACGACGCUGAUAGCAUGUUUCGUGCCAAGGUUCUGCCUCUGGUCAGGGAACACGCCAGCGUCUUCUACCCGCAAGGGUCAGAGCAACUUAGCGAUGACCAGCUGAUGUUGUUGUCACAUCGUAUGGGUAGUAUGAUCAUGGCUUACGCAUUUGACCUCGAAAACGACGACGACGACGAGGCAAAUGCCGAAAACGGAGAGGAGUGGGUGGAGGACAAGGAAGGCCAGAUUCUUAUGGGGAUGGUGCCGAUGGCUGAUAUACUGAAUGCCGACGCCGAAUUCAACGCCCACGUCAACCACGGCGAGGAUAGCUUGACCGUCACGUCCCUGAGGCCAAUCCCGGCUGGCGAGCAAGUUGUGAACUACUACGGCCCACUUGGAAACGGCGAGCUGUUGAGGCGCUACGGCUACGUGACGCACCGCCAUACUCGAUACGAUGUUGUAGAGCUAUCAUGGAAUUUGAUACUCUCUGUGCUCAGAGAGCUUCUGGAAGUCGAUGAUGCUACUUGGGGCAAAGCGAUCAACGAGCUCGACCCAGAAGAGGUUGAGGAUGCCUUCAUUGUAGAUCGGGACCUGGAAGAGCCAGACUCUCGAGGCGAGGUUCACGACCCCCCAGCGUUCAAGCAUCUUCCGGAAGACCUCCGAGAGCAGAUUCACAUGUUUCUCAAGGCUGUCCGAAAAGCCAGAGCAGAACUAAUUCCCGAUAAGCGCAAGAGGGAUGAGGUCACCCUGUCAGCAAUGCGUCGCGCGUUGGAGUUGCGACUAGCUGCGUACGGCACAAGUGCAGCUGACGACAUGAAGCUGAUAUCUGGAAAUGAGAUCAGCGGCCGCCAUAAGAUGGCUGUAGUGGUUCGACACGGCGAGAAGGUCUUGCUGCAAGAGGCAAUCAAUCUUGCUAACGAGAAGAUCAGCCAGUUGGCACUGGCGGGUCAAGAUGGACACCAACAUUCCGCGAAACGGCAAAGGACGAAGUGA